UAAGAAUACUGUUUUUUUUUUUAAAAUUAUUUUCCUUCGAAUUAUAUCUCUUUCUUUCCAAUCAUUUUACUCUCUCUCUCUCUCUAAUAAAUUUUCUUCCACUUUCUCUUUAAUAUAUUGGUACUUUUACUUUUUUUUUUUUUUUUUUUGUUUUCGGUUUUCUUUCAAUCUUCUUUAUAUUUUUUUUAGUUUUUCUAGUUUCCCGGCGAGGGUGAAGUAAGUAGAGGGGUAUGAGAAAGAAAUAUCUCGGCUUCUGCGAAACUCUUUCUCUUUCUAUUUCCGUUUUUUGUAUAUAUAAUUUUGAGUGAUCAAAGACAAAAACUUUGUUUGGAAUCAGCCCAGUCAAGUUAACUUCUUCAAUGGACUCUCUUUAACUACUUUCUUAUAUACCAUUUUUUUCUAAAAGGUAUUUCUUUUUCUUUUUUUUUUCUGCUUUCCUGUUUAUUUCUUCCCAGAAAUUGAUUGAAUGGAGCCAAGCUCAAAAGGUUUGAUAUCAAGUCAAUAUGAAGGUCCAUCUAAUACUCCUUUGGUCAACAUUUCUAGAAAGUGGGAAACUGGUGCAUGGGGGAUCCCACAUGGAACUGACGCAUAUCAUUCAUCAAGCGAUGCGAGCUUGUUUUCUAGCUCGUUACCUGUCCUUUCUCAUGAAAAAUUGAACUUCGCUGAUAUGGCGCAUUCUGGUCAAUCUGUUGAUGAGAACUCUCCUAAUUUAAGUAAGCUAGAGCUUGAAAAUGAAGGAAAGGACCCACUUGAAGAUGUUCAAACAAAUGCAAUUGGAAAUUUACUUCCUGAUGAUGAAGAGGAGCUCCUUGCCGGCAUAAUGGAUGACUUCGACUUAAGUGGGUUGCCUGGUCAGUUGGAGGACUUGGAAGAAUAUGAUGUCUUUGGUACUGGAGGGGGAAUGGAAUUGGAUUUUGAACCUCAAGAAAGCCUUAAUAUUGCUAUAUCAAAUAUUAACCUAUCUGAUGGGGUUCCUGCUAAUGGGAAUGGUCCUAACCCUCUUGCAAAUGGUGUGGGAACAGUGGCUGGGGAACAUCCAUAUGGCGAGCACCCUUCAAGAACAUUGUUUGUACGAAAUAUCAAUAGUAAUGUUGAAGACUCUGAAUUGAGAUCUCUCUUUGAGCAAUAUGGAGAUAUCAGAACUUUGUACACUGCAUGCAAGCAUAGGGGUUUUGUAAUGAUUUCAUAUUAUGAUAUUCGGGCUGCACGCACUGCAAUGCGUGCAUUACAAAAUAAGCCGCUAAGGCGAAGAAAACUGGACAUUCAUUUCUCAAUUCCCAAGGAUAACCCAUCAGAGAAAGAUAUAAAUCAGGGAACUCUUGUAGUAUUCAAUUUGGAUCCAUCAGUAUCAAAUGAUGACCUUCGCCAAAUAUUUGGGGCUUAUGGGGAGGUCAAAGAGAUCAGGGAAACACCACACAAGCGACACCAUAAGUUCAUAGAAUUUUAUGAUGUUCGAGCUGCAGAGGCAGCUCUUAGAGCAUUGAAUAGGAGUGACAUAGCUGGGAAACGCAUAAAGCUUGAACCUAGCCGCCCUGGUGGAGCUCGUCGAAACUUGAUGCAGCUGCUGAGUCAGGAGCUGGAACAAGAUGAAGCUCGAAGUUUUAGACAUCAUGUAGGUUCUCCAGUUGCGAACUCUCCUCCAGGUAACUGGGCACAAUUUGGCAACCCUGUUGAACAUAAUCCUUUGCAUGCUUUUAGUAAGUCUCCAGCUCUGGGAUCUUUCAGCCCUGUAAAUAACAAUAAUUUGCCUGGGUUAGCUUCAAUUCUCCCACAUCAUGUGCCUAACUCUCCUAAGAUUGCACCUAUUGGUAAGGACCAAGGGAAGACCAACCAUACAAACCAGAUUUUUACUAGUACUGGAGCAGUGCAAGGAGCAGCCUACCAGCAUUCUCAAUCCUUCUCUGAUCGGAAAUUAACUGCAAGUCCUGGACCAGUCUCUGGCUUUGGUGAAUCUAAUUCAAAUUCAUCCAGUGCUGGAACAUUGACUGGUCCUCAGUUUCUUUGGGGAAGUUCCACUCCUUACUCUGAGCAUGCUAGUUCUGCUUGGCCAACAUCAUCAGCAGCACAUCCCUUUUCUUCAAGUGGACAGGGUUUUCCAUACACAACUAGACAUGGCUCUUUCCUUGGUUCAAGGAACCACCACAAUGUAGGAUCUGCUCCUUCUGGUGUGCAUCUUGAUAGGCACUUUAGCUACCUCCCAGAGUCACCUGAAACAUCCUUUAUGAGCCCUGUUUCUUUUGCUGGUGUGGGUUUAAAUCGUAGCAAUGGAAGUUUAAUGAUGAAUAUUGGUGCUCGUGGAACUAUGGGUGUUGGUGUUGGUCUCCCAGGAAAUGUAACUGAAAAUGGCUCACUUAGUUUCAGAAUGAUGUCAAUUCCAAGGCACGGUCCUACUUUCCUUGGGAAUGGUUCUUAUCCUGGACAAGGAAUGGCUGGCAAUGAUGGGUUGGCUGACCGCAGUCGAAGUCAGCGAAUUGAAAAUAAUGGAAACCAGAUUGAUAACAAGAAGCAGUACCAGCUUGAUUUAGAUAAAAUAAUUAAUGGAGAAGAUACUAGGACCACUUUAAUGAUUAAAAAUAUCCCCAACAAGUAUACUUCAAAGAUGCUACUUGCUGCCAUUGAUGAAAAUCACAGAGGCACUUAUGAUUUUCUCUACUUGCCAAUUGAUUUCAAGAACAAGUGUAAUGUAGGUUAUGCCUUCAUCAAUAUGAUCUCUCCUUCACAUAUUAUCUCUUUUCACCAGGCUUUUAAUGGAAAGAAAUGGGAGAAGUUCAACAGCGAGAAGGUUGCAUCUCUGGCUUAUGCUCGAAUCCAGGGCAAGGCUGCCCUUGUGGCACAUUUCCAAAAUUCAAGCUUGAUGAAUGAAGAUAAGAGAUGCCGGCCAAUUCUGUUCCAUUCAGAGGGCCAGGAGACUGGUGAUCAGGAACAUUUCCUCUCUAGCAAUUUGAACAUCUGUAUUCGCCAACCAGAUGGGUCUUAUUCUGGGGAUUCAUUGGAAAGCCCGAAGGGCCUUGUAGAUGAGAAUCCAGAGAAGAGUUAACAAUGCAUUUGGAAAUCUUACUCUUAGCUUGAGAAAAAAUGGCUAGGAGUGCUAAAAUGUGGAUAGGUGUGUUAAGUGUAUAAAGUUGGCAGAGAAAUCAAAGAACAGGUGUAUGUUAUGCUUGUGUCAUGUGCAGUGUCUGCUUUUCAGUUACGGACACUCAAUGGUAAUUCACUAGAGAAGUCAAAAAUUAAAUGAGGCAGAAAGUGUUUUGUUUAUAUGUAGAGAAAGAAUUGUUUUUGAACCAGGGUUCCAAGAAUAAGGCGGAGCGUGAUGCUAAGAAUCGAAGUUUCAUCGCACCGGAAUGCGUGCAUGGAUCUCUGGGGUUUUUGCUUUUUUAAUCAUCGACAUUUCUUUACUAUGUCAUUUAUGUCAAUAUGCUGAUACUGUUACUUGUUUUGUAUGCAAAUCUUUGUUGGGGGAAUCCAAAUUCCAAGGUAAAGGGCUGUUUAUAAAUUGUAUAGGAGGGGGCCAAACAGACCCUAUAAUCCUGGUAAAUGUAAUGUGUAACAGUGUUGUGAACAUUUGUCUUGUAUUUGUCAAUAUUUACGUCUCUGUACAGAUAUUCCAAGCCUCUUUUUGUCUUCCUGUGUGUUUCCAGCACAAUUUUUUUUAAUUUAAAUUUAAUGGUCAACGAUGUAUAUUUCACUAAACAUUAUUUGAGAAACAUUACCAGGAAAAUAAGGGGUUUGCAGAAAACAUUAUUUAAUCCGCUUCAGAGAUUCAAUUGUAUGUGUAAUUGAAAUUGGAAAUAUAUA